GCAACUUUUUCCUUUCCUUUUCUUUUCUUUUAAUAUCUAAUAGCUCUUCUUUAUAAUAAUGGCAGAUCAUCAAAAGUAUCUUUUAUUGAAUCGUACAGGUAAUAAAAUUCCAUUAAUUGGUUUUGGUACAGCUCGUAUUCCUGUAGAAGAUACAGAGCAAGUCGUCUAUAAUGCAAUCAAGACAGGCUAUCGUUUGAUUGAUUGUGCUCUUCUUUAUGGUAAUGAGCCUCAAGUAGGUAAAGCUGUAAGAAGGGCAAUUGAUGAAGGCAUAGUUAAAAGAGAAGAUCUUUUUGUUAUUGGAAAGCUUUGGAACAGCUACCACAGUAAAGAAAAUGUUAGACCUAUCUUUGAAAUGACUCACAAGAAUUACGGCUUGGAUUAUCUUGACCUUUAUCUUAUUCAUUUCCCUAUUCCAACUGUCUAUGUGGAUCCUAAGAAACAUGUUGGAUUCAAGACACCUGAAGGUGAAUUCAAAUUAGAAAAAUCACCCAUGCAAGAAUGCUGGAAAGAGAUGGAAAGACUGGUAGAUGAUGGCCUUGUACGUAAUAUUGGUAUCUCUAAUUUCAACGUUCAAGCCAUUGUUGACUUGUUAACUUAUGCCCGUAUCCGGCCUGCUGUUCUUGAAAUUGAACACCAUCCUUAUUUACAGCAAAAACGUUUGAUUGAUUGGGUAAAGCAAGAGGGAAUACAGGUUAUUGCAUAUGCUUCCUUUGGUAGUGCUGCAUUUGAAGAAACCCCUAGACACCUUAAACAUUUACCAAACUUGAUGGAUCAUCCUGUUAUUCAAAAGAUUGCUAAUAAAUAUAAAUUAAAUCCUGGACAAAUCUUGCUGGCUUGGGCUACACAACGUGAAAUUAUUGUGAUCCCUAAAACUGUGAAUGAAGAUCGUAUGGAGAUUAAUCUGAAAGCCCCUCAAAUUAAACUGGAUGAACAAGACUUCAAGGACAUUGCUGAACUAGAAGCGCAUGCCCGCUUUAAUGACUUUUUUGAAGAAAAUUAUGGGUUCGAUUUUCCAGCUUUUGAUUAAUUAAGAUGUAUGUCAUACAAAGGCUUUAUGAGUGUAUCAUUAUUUUCAUUUUUAUGUUUAUUCAUUUUGUACAAUUAAAGCGUAUAUAUCAUCACCAUGUUUAUUUAAAUAAAACCUUCUCUAUUCAAGUAAAAGCAAAACUUGACUAAAUAUUAUAUAUUCUUAAAAAAAAAAGCAAAAC